GUGCAAAGCCGCCUUACGCACCACUGCAUCAAGCACUGGAUGACUACUUAUCACACCAGCCCCUGGCGAUCUCGCAGCGGACUACCAAUCCCCGGCCCCACUACUUGUCUCUGUACUGCGCCCUAGGUUCGCAGGACCAUGUCGAUCCGCCGGAGAUCAUGUGACACCUGCUUUGCCGGCAGGCGGAAGUGCGACCUGGCCUUUCCCACAUGCGGCCGGUGCCAGCGCACGCACAAGGCCUGUCAGUAUGCGUACCCACCGCAGACGCCCGCACCGAGCGGCCCCGGCUCCUCGGAGCCCGCACCCGGGACCCCGUCCUUCAUCGGCCCGGUCGUAGAUGUGGACUUCCUCAUGCCCCUGGAGACCUCCGCAGCCGCCCCGGGGAACAGCAUGGCAGAGGUGACACAGAUGGAGACUUGGUCACAGUCUCCCGAGUUCUGGUGGGAGCAGGACCCAUCCACGACCGCAAUGCUCGAGCCGUGGAUGCCAACAAGCAUACCCAAGACCCUGGGCAUCCUGGGCGAGAUGCAGCCGCUCGUCUACGACACCAUCGACUCCCCCUGGGUGCUCUCGCAGUACCGCGAGUACCCCCGCAUGCUGGCCGAGGAGGCCGCCACACCCUUCAUCCACCAGGAUCUCUACAACCAGUACCUGCCCCAGGCCAUGCAGGCCGCCUUUGGGGUCUGUGCCGGCAGCACGCGCAUGAACGAGCGGAGCCGGUCCAUGCUCUUCCGCACGCUUGAUGCCGAGUUUGCCAAGCUGCAGAACAUCGCACCCACCGAGACCACGUUGCUGGACGACCUGGCGAGCCUGCAGGCCGUGUUGCUGUACCAGAGCAUCCGGAUCUUCAAGGGCGAUCUGCAGCAGCGCAUAGCGGCCGAACAGCAGGCACACCUUGUCGAGGCUCUCGCACUUCGCCUACUGCGGCGUGCAGACAUUGAGCUUUCCCGCAAGAACAGGACCAUCACUGACAACGACAGUGAUAAUAGCAGUGACAAAACCUGGGAAUCUUGGAUCGUCGCCGAGAGCGUGCGCCGCACCGUCUUCAUCGUCCUGAAGCUCUACGUCAUCUUCUUCCAGUUCAGAACAGGCGGCUUGUGCUACCAAUCCAAAUCGAGCAUGUGGCUCGUCCCUCUCUCGGCGCGCCCAGGCAUCUGGAAUGCGGGGAGGGACGUAUUCGCGAUGAUGCCGCCCGAGGUGGUGGACGAGACGGUCCAGCUGAAGGAGGUCCGGAAUGUUUGGGACAAGGAGCCCGGGAUGAACGAUCGGACGGACGGGUUUGAGAGGCUGGUGCUCGUUGGGUGUACCGAGACCCUGAGGGCCCCGUGGAAGGAGAUUGGAGAGGUGUGAUUAUGCUGACUUGGUAUUCGACCAACUACAUAUUUGAGCAUUCACAUUCAUGACCUUACGCUACGUUAUUCUUAUCUCACCUAGCCGAGGAUCGCUGUGUGCGUGUCCAUGCCAGCCAAAAACAAAAUCAAAAACAAGAACAAAAAAAAGCACAUACUAUCUGUC